CUCCGGUCAGGUGAUCUGACGCCGAGCAGCUGUGCCGCCUCGGUAUCUCUCGGCGUCAAACGGAGCGGAGUUAGCGGGACCGACGGGGGGAGAGCGCGCGACGCAACACACACACAUAAUAAACAAACACACGCACGCACGCGCUCAGCACGUUUCACCGAGCAGACGGACACACAGGAGACACAACGGCAGAGACGCAGCCGGAGAAGACACGUCGAAAAACCCGGGGAACGGCAUGGGGGACCGUUUGGCUCUACUGCUGCUGGCCGUAGCGGCGGCUUCCACGCUGGCCGUCGAGGUACCGACAGAUGUUUCCAUGGGUCUGCUGGUGGAGCCCCAGGUAGCCAUGUUCUGCGGUAAGCUUAACAUGCACGUGAACGUGCAGAGCUGGAAGUGGGAGCCGGACCCCUCGGGCACCAAAAGCUGCAUCGGCACCAAGGAGGGCAUCCUGCAGUACUGCCAGGAGGUGUACCCAGAGCUUCAGAUUACUAAUGUGGUGGAGGCGAACCAGCCAGUCAGCAUUAACAACUGGUGCAAGAUGGGCCGCAAGCAGUGUCGCAGUCACAUGCACAUCGUGGUGCCCUACCGGUGCCUGGUGGGCGAGUUCGUGAGUGAUGCUCUGCUGGUUCCUGACAAGUGUCGAUUCCUGCACCAAGAGCGCAUGGACCAGUGUGAGAGCCACCUGCACUGGCACACCGUGGCCAAAGAGUCCUGUGGAGACCGCACCAUGAAUCUCCAUGACUACGGGAUGCUAUUGCCAUGCGGCAUCGACCGUUUCCGAGGGGUGGAGUUUGUGUGCUGUCCGUCAGAGGCGGAGCGUGACGCCGACAGCGUGCAGCAGGAUGAGGACGACUCAGACGUCUGGUGGGGCGGGGCAGAGGCUGACUACUCUGACAACAGUAUGGUGCGGGAGCCGGAGCCAGUAGAGCAGCAGGAGGAAACCAAGCCAUCCUCGGUAGAUGAGGAAGAGGAGGACAGGGUUGAAGAUGUGGCAGAAGAGGAGGACGAUGGGGAGGAGGAAGACGUGCUGGACAACGACGAGGACGGAGACGGGGAGGAGGAGGAGGAGGUGGACAAGCAGCAGGAGGAUGAGGAGGAGGACUAUGUGGACACGCUUGACGACGACAUUGGCGAUGACGAGCCCACCACCGACGUCGCCAUGACCACCACCACCACCACCACCACCACAGAGUCCGUGGAGGAGGUCGUUAGAGAGGUCUGCUGGGCCAGUGCAGAGACUGGCCCGUGCCGGGCUAUGCUGCCCCGUUGGUACUUUGAUCGGCAGGAGGGCCGCUGUGCCCAGUUUAUCUACGGUGGCUGCGGAGGCAACAGGAAUAACUUUGAGUCCGAGGAAUACUGCCGUUCUGUCUGCAACAGCGUCAUGCCCACAGCCACGCCCAGCGCCCCUGACGCUGUGGACCGCUACCUGGAGACGCCCGGUGACGAGAACGAGCACACCCACUUCCAGAAAGCCAAGGAGAGCCUGGAGGCCAAGCACCGCGAGAGGAUGUCCCAGUUGUUGAGGGAAUGGGACGAGGCUGAGAGGGAGGCAAAGAGUCUACCCCGUGCUGAUAAGAAGGCUGUCAUCCAGCGCUUCCAGGAUAAAGCGGAGGCCUUGGAGCAGGAGGCCGCUAGCGAGCGACAGCAGCUGGUAGAGACGCACAUGGCGCGGGUGGAAGCCCUGCUGAACGACCGCCGCCGCCUGGCUCUAGAAAGCUACCUGACCUCCCUGCAGCAGAACCCACCCAGGCCCCGCCACGUGUUCAGCCUGCUGAAGAAGUACGUGCGUGCCGAGCAGAAGGACAGGCAGCACACCCUCAAACACUUUGAACACGUGCGAAUGGUGGACCCCAAAAAGGCAGCGCAGAUCAGACCACAGGUGCUGACCCAUCUGCGUGUGAUCGAGGAACGCAUGAACCAGUCUCUGGGGCUGCUGUACAAGGUGCCCGGCGUGGCCGAUGACAUCCAGGACCAAGUCGAGCUCCUCCAGAAGGAGCAGGCGGAAAUGGCCCAGCAGCUGGCCAACCUGCAGACGGACGUGAGGGUGAGCUACGGCAACGAUGCCCUGAUGCCCGACCAGGAGCUUGGAGAUGGCCAGGCCAGCAGCCUGGACCUGCUGCCCCAGGAAGACUCCCUGGGCCUGGGGGAAGUGGGCUUCAUCCAUCCCGAGAGCUUCAACCAGCCCGACACACAGAGCCAAGGGACAGAAAUGAAAGUGGAGGCUGCUCCUGAGCUGCGGAUGGAGACCGAGGACAGACAGAGCACCGAAUAUGCAGUCCAUCACCAGAAACUGGUGUUCUUCGCAGAGGAUGUGAGCUCCAACAAGGGCGCCAUAAUUGGGCUGAUGGUGGGAGGGGUUGUCAUAGCAACUGUCAUCGUCAUCACCCUGGUGAUGCUGAGGAAGAAGCAGUACACGUCCAUCCACCACGGAGUCAUUGAGGUGGAUGCUGCAGUCACCCCUGAGGAGCGCCACCUGUCCAAGAUGCAGCAGAAUGGAUAUGAGAACCCCACCUACAAGUUCUUUGAGCAGAUGCAGAACUGAGGAAGAAUCUCAUAUACGCACACACGUAUAUACAUACACACACACAACCACAUACCACCCUUCCAACACACAUCGACCAGUACCCUAUUACCAAUAAAAAUCUGACCUGGACCCCAACCACCUACCCACCCACCCAUCUACCCAUCCUCCCCGAUCCCCAUUUCUCCAGAGGCAGUGUGGGUUAGACCAAUGAGUGACUGAAAUAGUCAGUUAUGAGGAAACGGAAUAAUAAUAAUUUUUAAAAAAAACAGAAAAAAAAGGUUUGUUUCAUUUAGCCUGGGCGUGCACUGUGGAGAAGCUUGCAUUAAAGUUACUAAAAGAA